AUGUCAGCACAAGGACCUGUCUUUGUUAUGGAACCGCCAGCAAAUCUUGUAUUUUCAAAUACAACUGGAUCACAAGUGAGUUGUUCCGCUCAUGGUACACCGCCACCGCAAGUUGAUUGGUUACUAGAAGAUGGUGCAGAUGUAACUGCUGUACCUGGUUUAAGACAAACAUUAGGUAAUGGAACACUAUAUUUUCCACCGUUUCGAGCACAAGACUAUCGUAAAGAUAUACAUCAUACCGUUUAUAGAUGUCGAGCUACAAAUCAAAUUGGUGUUAUUCUAAGUCGUGAUGUUGCUGUGCAAGCAAUAUUAAAACAACAUUACGAUGUUCAAGUGUUUCGUACACAUGUUGUGUUGGGUAACACAGCUGUGCUUGCAUGUCACAUACCAGAAUUUGUACGUAAUUAUGUAAGUGUGUCAUCAUGGUUCAAAGAUGAUAACAUGCUGUUGGCUGGACGAUCAGAUGCUGGUGGACGUUUUCUGGUGACAUCCGGUACUGGUAAUUUACAUAUACGUUCGGUGCGUGAAGAUGACGCUCAAUCAUUGUACAGUUGUUUAACAAUACACUCAUUAACACAUGAGCGUAAACGGAGUCCAUCAAUACAAUUAACAAUAUCUGCUGCUACGGGUAGUAUGCCUCCUAGAUUAACGGCACGAACACAAAAUAAAAUAUCGAUGGAGGAAGGUACUGAUGUACAUUUAUCAUGCGCUGCACAAGGAUAUCCACUACCGACAUUUACUUGGUAUAGAGAUAAUGGUAAUAAUGAAUUAGAGCCAAUUCUCAGUACAAUUCGAAUAAAUCCCUCGAACGAUGUCUUGUAUAUUCGACGUGUUCAAUUCGAUGAUGCUGGUACCUAUGUGUGUCAUGUGACCAAUCAAUUUGGAGAGCAACGUAUUCAAAUGCAUUUAACUGUUACGGCACAUUUAAAAGUUAUUGUGUUGCCAACAUUACAGAUUGUAAAUUCUGGCGAAAGCGCUCUAUUCAAUUGUACAGUGUUGGGCUCACCUGUUGAUUCUGUAAAAUGGUUACAUAAUGGACAAUUUAUAAAUAAAUCAACAUUUUUAAAUAACAAAAUCAAAUUAAUAACGCCCUAUAUUUUACAAGUGAAUGAUGUAACACGAUUAAAUCGUGGAAUGUAUCAAUGUAUUGUACGAAAUCAUUUGGAAACAGCACAAGCUAGUGCUGAAUUACGUCUUGGAGAUACCGUACCUGAAUUACAAAAUACUUUUAUUGAACAAUCAUUACAUUCUGGACCACCGAUAUCUUUAAGAUGUUCAGCUACUGGAUCGCCACCUCCACUGUUUAUUUGGUUAUUAGAUGGAGAACCGAUUAUUAAAACUUCAACAAAUUCAAGAUAUAUUAUUGGACAAUUUGUGGAUGAAACCGGUGAUGUAAUCAGUUAUUUAAAUAUUACAUCGGUUCGAACCCAAGAUGGAGGUUUAUACGCAUGUCAAGCUACUAAUUCAUUGGGAACAGUUUCACAUGAAGCCAGAUUGAAUAUUUAUGGCCCUCCUAGUAUUCGAAAAAUAGGACCCAUAAAAGUUGUAGCACAUAAAGAUGUCGUCAUCCAGUGUCCAUUUUCUGGUUAUCCAAUCAACGUUGUAAAAUGGGAACGACAUGGACAACAAUUACCAAUUGAUAUUCGACAAAAAAUCAAUGAGAAUUCAAUUAUUGGAUCGCUUACCAUCAAGAACAUAGAUCCAAACAUCGAUGGUGGAAUUUAUAAAUGUAUUGUUAUCAACCAUAAUGGCGAAUAUGUCGAACGGGACAUUGAAUUAAUCAUACACAGUCCACCCGUUUUGGAACCAUUUACAUUUCCGAUUAAUUUACAAGAAGGAGGUCGUGCUCAAAUAUCUUGUAGCGUGACAAGUGGGGAUAUGCCGAUUCAAUUUUAUUGGUUAAAAGAUCUACAACCGUUGUCAUUGGUUCAAUCGCAGUUGCAUUUGAAUAUCGAGGAACGUACCGAGGAAUUUUUUAGUAUUUUAAUAUUUAAAACAGUGAAUGCUAAACAUAGUGGAGAUUAUACGUGCAUUGCUCGGAAUAAUGCUGCGAAAGUGAAUUAUACAGCAACGUUAAUGGUUAAAGUACCGCCAACAUGGACUGUGGAACCUCAUGAUCAAACAACUUUAUUAGGUCAUUCGAUUAUCAUCCAUUGCAAUGCUUCUGGAUAUCCUGUACCAAAUAUUACAUGGCUACGUUCGACCACAACCACUUCACCCUCAUCAAAUUCAUCUAAGCUACCAUCUGAUUUUCAUAUCGGUAUUGAAGAGACUGAUCGUGUCCAGAUAUUUGGAAAUGGUUCCUUAUACAUCAAUCAUGUAAUCACCGAAGAUCAAGGGUAUUAUCUCUGUCGAGCUUCAAAUGAUAUUGGUUCUGGUUUAAGCAAAAUUAUUUACUUAGACAUCAAUGAACCAGCGCAUUUUGAAAAAACAACACACAACAUCUCAAUAAAACGUGGCGAACAAGCUCAUCUCGUUUGCGAGGUUCUUGGCGAUCUUCCUAUUCAAAUCCAAUGGUUCCACAACAAUAAACGUAUCAUAAACAAUAACAACUUGAACAACCGAAACCGAAUCUAUCAUAUCAACGAAUACAAUAACAAGAACGGUUUAAAAUCCAUCAUCCAACUGGAUAACAGCGAACGUGACGAUUCCGGAACGUAUAAAUGUGUGGCUUCGAAUAUUUAUGGACGAAACGAUAUGUUUAUAUAUUUAAUCGUUCAAGAACCACCGGAUCCACCGUUAAAUUUACAUGUAAUUGAGAUUGGCAGUCGGUUUAUACGGUUGCAAUGGUUACGAGGCUACGACGGAAAUACCCCAUUAACUCAUUAUUUAUUGCAAUAUCAAGUUGUCCCAAAUAAUUACAUCGGUGUCGAUUACAUCAAUAUUUGGAAUCAAUUUAACAACAAUAAUUUAAAUAACGUCAUUUAUAACGUUACACUUAGUGUAACGUUAACCUCAAAAGUCGCGACGACAACAAUGCAAUCCACAAUUACAACCAACAAUGUUAUCGAUGAGAAUAUAAUCGAAACGGCAUUAAUUAAUAAUUUACAAGCGGCUACAACUUACAGCUUACGAAUGCUAGCGAUUAAUACCAUCGAUACAAGUACGUACACGGAACCGAUUGUUGUGAAAACUCAAGAAGAGGCUCCUGUUGAAGCGCCACAAAACGUCCAAGUUGAAGCUGGGGGUUUGGGUGAACUGUUAUUAACAUGGCAAAUACCAUCGAAACAAUCAUGGAACGGUGAUUUAAUCGGAUAUAUCAUCAUUUGGAACGAAUAUAAUAACAAUAUAACGAAUUAUAAUAAAACGAAUACCUUAACGAUUCACGGAUGGUCUACGACUAAAGCUCAUAUAACGGGAUUACGGAAGUAUAAUCGAUAUAAAAUUGUGAUUAAAGCGUUUAAUAGUGUGGGAAGUGGACCACCUUCGGUGCCAGUAAUUGGAACUACAAGUGAAGGUGUUCCAGAAGCUUCGCCGUUGAAUAUACAAUGUUCGCAAAUAUCGUCGCAAAGUAUGAAGAUAUCGUGGAUUCCGCCGUUGCAUAAAUAUCAUGGAGGAUUUAUUAAAGGAUAUAAAGUUUAUUAUCGACCGAUACCGAUUUUGUUUAAUAUUGAUAUUUCUACGACUGGAGAAGUAAAGCGAACUACAAGUACUGAAACAUAUCUGCAUACUUUAUACAAGUAUACUAACUAUACGAUACGUGUACUGGCCUACACAAACGCUGGAGAUGGUCCACUAAGUGUUCCUAUUUUUUGUACAACCGACGAAGAUUUACCAGAUGCACCAGCUGACAUCAAAGUCGCCGUAUUAUCCAGCGACUCAAUGAUCGUAUCAUGGCUCCCACCAAACCAACCGAAUGGACAUAUCCUCUACUAUACUCUAUUCAAAAAAGACGUCAAUAACAACACGACCAUUCAAAACUUCAAAAUCGAUACCCACAUCAAUAAAUCGAACGACAUCUUCAUCUACAAAGUUCAUAAUUUAAUUGUUAAUCAAUUGUACGAAUAUUGGACAACGGCCACGACACGAAUUGGCGAGGGAAGUCCAAGUAAAAGUCUUCAACACUCGAUACAACCUUCGCAUGUUCAUUCGAUACCGACACGAAUUUUAUCGUAUUCCCAACAGCUGUAUUACUCGAUAAAUAAUAAUCACAAUAUUGUACUAAAAUGUAUAACGGUUGGAACUCCCCAAUCGUAUGUAAAAUGGCUACUGAAUGAUACACCAAUCGUUAUCCACAACCAUCACCAUAGCUACAAAAUAACCAAUGACGGACAUCUUCAUAUUUUCAAACUCAACGAACAAUUAAUCGGCAACUAUACUUGUACAGCAAAUAACAUGUACGGAACGGAUCAUAUUACGUAUCAAAUUUCGAUUUUAUUCGAACCAAAUGCGCCAGUUAUUGAACUAAACUAUGUAACGUCAUCUAGCAUAAAUGUGAAAUGGAAGGUGUUAUUUGAUGGGGGGAUUCAUAUUGAGGGGUAUAUUUUAAAUUAUAAGUAUAGUAAUGUGACGUCAAUAAAUGUGGAUUUAUCGUCGGAUAUACAUGCGUACACGUUGAAUUCGUUAAAAUGUGGAACGGUUUAUCAUAUUUAUUUGAUUGCGUAUAAUCGAAUUGGACAGAGUUCGCCGAGUAAUGUUUUGUCGAUUAAAACGAAAGGAACAAUACCUGCAUUACCGAACAUAUCAUACACCGAACAAUUCAACUAUUUCAUUCAAACCAACUCAACUUCCGCUACAAUCAAUCUUUACAUGUGGCCGAACAACAUCGAAUGUCCGAUUCAAUACUUCAUUCUCGAAUAUCGUCUGCUAAACACCCAAGCAUGGAUCUUACUUUCCAAUUCCGUCAACAUAAAUGAAAUGUACAGUUUCAAUAAUUUAUCACCGGCUACACGCUAUCAGCUUCAAAUAAGCGCCUACAACGACGCAGGCUUCACACGUCAUGUUUAUAAUUUUGCGACAACAACCUGGAAUGGUCAGCAUAUCCCGUCGAUUUUAUUAUCGGAUAACGAUGUGAAUAGUGAUGAUGGUUCGUUUAUUUUUACAUCGUCUUCAUCUUCAGUUAAAGAUAGUUCGAAUGAUAAUAAGAUCUUGUUUAUUGAGGAUGAUAAUACGCUCUUUAAUGCUGAGCAUACUUAUUUGCUGAAUAUUUACAUAUUUAUCACGAUUUUUAUCAUUAUCACGUUCGGUGUGAUCAUUCUGGUAUGGAAAUAUAUUAUCAUAAAAUCCUACUGUUUAUCACAUUUGAUACGCCAUGGUGGGGACACGGGUCAGCAGAACAAUAACAACGAUAAUUGUGAUAAUGAUAUUGAGUUGAAUGAACAUUUACAUCAGCAACAUCAUAGACAUCAUCAUCAGCAACAGCAACAACAUUUUUAUUAUCAGCAACAACAACAACAGAAUCAGAUCAAUGAUAAAUUAGUUGAGCAUCGUACCAAGAAUUAUCAGCAAAUUUAUUUAUCAACACCAACCGGCAAACAUUGUGAUAAUGAUGCGGUUCCAGAUAAGAAUAAAUAUAAGAAUAAAUUAAAUGAAAGUGGAAAUAAUCGUAUUUGUGGACGACAUCAUCAUCAUGAACGCGAUCAUUUAGGAGGUCAUGAACACGAUGAUACUGACACCGAUGACACUAGAAGUGACAGUCCAUGCAACUACUGUAUAAUUAGUUCAGCAUCCACAUAUCGAAUGUCUACAAUUAAAACUAGAACAGGUAGUAUUGUGAGUGCACAUGAUAAUUACCACAGUGAUAACAGUGGUAGCGGUGGUGGUGGAGGUGGUGGUCAUCAUCUAGUUGUAGACGAUUUAUUAAAUAAAAUCUCAAGUACUGAGUCCUCAAACGAUCUAGUUACGAGCACAAAUAGUCAUCCAUCAAUGGAUCGAUGUAAACAGAAAGCUAAACAUCAUUAUCAUCAUUUAUCAUUGAUCUCAACUCCAACACCAAUCAUGAAUAAACAACAACAACAACAAUAUAUUAAUAAUACGAACACGUUGAAGAAAUCACGUAUGCAAUUAUCAAAUACUAAUAGAUAACCAAUCACUAACCGAUAAAUGUAUGAAAUGAAAUGAGGGUAAAAACUAUCGAGGCGGGAUUUAUUCAAAGGACGGUCAAACAACUUUUUUUUUAAAGUUAUACUUCUCUUAGGUGUAAUUUUUCUAGUCAAUUUAAACAUUCGAAGGUACAAAAAUUCGCACCCUGUUGUAAUU